AUGUCUGCGGCAGGAUACGAUAGACACAUUACCAUUUUUUCUCCUGAAGGCCGUCUUUACCAAGUCGAGUAUGCUUUCAAGGCCACAAAUCAAACCAACAUAAACUCCAUGGCCAUCAGGGGCAAUGACUGCUGCGUGGUGAUCAAUCAGAAAAAGGUGCCAGACAAACUGUUAGACCCAUCUACCAUGAGUUAUUUGUUUCCAAUCUCGAAGCACAUUGGUAUGGUUGCGAAUGGACCAAUUCCAGAUGCUAGGAACGCGGCACUCAGGGCGAAGGCAGAGGUAGCUGAGUAUCGCUAUAAGUAUGGCUACGAUAUGCCAGCAGAUGUUUUGGCCAAACGUAUGGCCAACCUCUCCCAGAUUUACACUCAAAGGGCAUAUAUGAGACCUCUGGGCGUGAUAUUGACCUUCGUAUCCGUAGACGAGGAACUUGGCCCUUCCAUCUACAAAUGCGAUCCAGCCGGCUACUACGUUGGAUACAAGGCUACUGCAACAGGGCCUAAGCAGCAGGAAUUAACAAGUGCAUUGGAGAAGUAUUUCAAGAAACGUAAAAGCGAUUGCGUCAAUGAAGACUCGUACGAAAAAGUCGUUGAGCUGGGCAUCACGCACAUGAUCGACGCUUUAGGCACGGAGUUCAGCAAAAAGGACCUUGAGAUUGGUGUCGCCCUCAAGGAUAAGUUCUUCUGUCUAACUCCUGACCAAAUAGAAGAGAGAUUAGUCGCUAUUGCGGAGCAAGAUUAA